CGCUGCGGCCAUGUCGGAUCUGAGCGAGGAGGAGGAAGAGGCCGAAGAGACCGAGGCCAAUUUAGGGGUGUAUGAAGGUGAACGCAAUCCAGAAGGUGAGCGACACGGACAUGGAAAAGCAUUUCUACCCAAUGGUGAUACAUAUGAUGGAGAAUAUGAACAUGGUUUUAGAAAUGGACAGGGGACCUACAGAUUUAAAAAUGGUGCUUGCUACGUUGGAAAAUAUAUUCAAAACAAAAAGCAUGGCCAGGGCAUUUUUUUUUAUCCAGAUGGAUCAAAAUAUGAAGGAGACUGGGUGAACGACCAGAGACAUGGCCAUGGAGUGUAUACAUAUGCAAAUGGAGACACCUAUACUGGAGAAUGGUUUAAUCACAAUAGGCAUGGACAAGGCACAUAUAUCUAUAAAGACACAGGAGCUAUAUAUAUUGGUGGCUGGGUGAAUGGAAACCAGGAAGGAGAAGCUGAACUUAUCUACUUAAACCAUAGAUUUAGGGGCAAGUUUUUGAAUGGAAAUCCUGUAGGUCAUGGGAAAUAUAUCUUUGAUAUUGGAUGUGAACAGCAUGGUGAAUACAUACAAACAGAGCAGGAUAAAAGAGAGGUAGAAGAAGAGGAGGAACUCUCAUUUCUUGGGGUACCAAAAUGGAAAGCAUCAGAAAUUACCAAAUUAACACUCUGGACUCCUCACGGGGAAAAACAGCCUUCUCCCAGAGAAGCCUCCCAAGUGGGAGCAGAAGCAGAGAAAGAAGGAGAAGCAGCAGGAGUAACUGAAAAUGAUGAAAAAGUGCCAUCGAUUACAGUUUCUCAUAUUUCAGUCACUAAUGAGCCUGCUGACAGUGAGGAAGAUGAGCCUUCUCUUCAGGAAGUAUCCACUGAAGAUUUUAGCCCAGUAAAGGAUGCGGGAGAGGAAGAUGAGGGAAACAGAGAGGAAGAAGAAAACCAAGAUCAGGAGGAUCAAGAAACUACUGGUUUAGAUAAGGAAGAUUAAUCAAAGGAAGCAGAGUAAUUGGAUACAACUAAAGACAAAGAGCCCAAAAAACCCAUUAUUUCGGAGUGAAUCAUUUAUUAUGGUAACGCUGCGAUAUUUUUAUUCAGUUAAGAUGCUUUGAAUAAACAUUUCUGUCACUGA